AUGAGCUUUGGCAAGAUGGAGGGCGACGCUUCGGACAAGAACAUCGGCUUCAUGCUGCAAGAUGACGUCGCCGAUGGCCCCUACUACCGCCAGGAGUGGGAGGGCAUGAAGCAGACCACCCCGAUCAUCUCGGGUGGCAUGAACGCCUUGCGGCUGCCUGCGUUCUUCGAGAACCUGGGCCACUCGAACGUUAUCCUGACGGCCGGCGGCGGGGCCUUCGGGCACAAGGACGGGCCGAAGCAGGGUGCGAUCUCGUGCGCCCAGGGCGAGGAGUCGUGGAAGUUGUGGAAGGCAGGCACCUACGGCGACGUGAGCCUGUCGGACGGCGUCGUCGAGUACGCGAAGACGCACGAGGAGCUCAAGGGCGCGUUCUUGACGUUCCAGAAGGAUGCGGACCAGAUCUACCCGGGCUGGAAGGAGAAGCUCGGCUACACCGGCGAGUCCUCCGUCCAGGCAGCCAGCUUCAAUUGGCAGAAGAAGGAGUUGAGCUGA